AUGGCAAUCAACGUGGCCGCGGGCAAAAUCCUUGGCGGCGGACGACGCUUGCGAGUCGUCAUCGCCAUGUUGGGAACGUUUUUUGCAAAAGGGUUCCCGCCGGAAUGCGUCGGCCGUGACUGGCUCGGUGUACAGGCUGGGCGUGCGCGCCUCGUUCCACUUGGCCGCAACCAUGAACGGCCCCAUCCAUCAUGGCAGCCCGCCGGCCCCAAGUUGGAGGAUAAGGCUGCAUGGGAGAGGAUCUCCAUGCAGCGCUCCCAUGUGUCAUCACAGACUCUCUCUCGUUGGAGAGAGGGAGGGAGGAGUGGUGACGGCGGUUGGUUGGAUGACACCGGGCCAAUCAGUGCGCCGCCUGACGUGCUCUAG